AUGAGAAACCAUACAACAGUGACAACAUUCAUUCUUUUGGGCCUGACAGAUGAUCCAGAUUUACAGAUUGUGAUUUUUCUCUUUCUCUUCCUAACAUACACACUAAGCAUUGGAGGAAAUCUCAGCAUCAUCCUUCUUACCUUUCUGGAUCCCCAUCUCAAAACGCCCAUGUAUUUCUUCCUUCGCAAUUUCUCCUUUUUAGAAAUAUCUUUGACAUCUGUUUGUAUUCCCAAAUUUCUGGUCACCAUUGUGACCAUGGACAAAAGAAUUUCCUAUAAUGCUUGUGUAACUCAGUUGUUUUUUGCCAUAUUGUUGGGGUCUUCGGAGUUUUAUCUCUUAGCUGUUAUGUCUUAUGAUCGCUAUGUGGCCAUCUGCAAGCCUCUGCAUUAUAUGAGCAUCAUGAAUAACCAAGUAUGCACCAAGCUUAUCCUUGGCUCUUGGCUAGCUGGCUUACUGACAAUCUCCCCGGGACUUAUCAUGGGCCUCCAACUGGAUUUCUGUGAUGCUAAUGUCAUUGAUCACUUUGCCUGUGACUAUUCUCCAGUUCUGCAGCUCUCCUGCACUGACACUCAGGUCAUUGAGCUGUGGAGUUUUUUUUUAGCCUUACUGACACUCUUAGCCACUUUGGCUCUAGUACUUCUUUCCUAUGCAAAUAUCUUUAGGACAAUUCUGAGAAUCCCCUCCAAAGAGCAAAAGAAAAAGGCUUUUUCUACAUGUUCUUCUCAUAUGAUUGUUGUCUCCAUCUCUUAUGGCAGUUGUAUCUUCAUGUAUAUUAAGCCUUCAGCCAAGGAAAGGGUAGCCUUUAACAAAGGAGUAGCCAUCCUCACCACUUCAGUGGCCCCCCUUCUAAAUCCUUUCAUCUACACUUUAAGAAACAAACAAGUAAAGCAAGCCUUCAAGACUAUAACCAGAAAAAUGUUUUUCUCAAUCAAAUGA